GUACCGACUGCUUCAUGUUUCAGGAUCCUACUCUAUGAGCACAGGCUGCACGCUUAAUCAAUCACGUAUGCAGGCGGCCUUACAGGAAAAGGUUACGUCAUGUUUUGCAGUUGCCCAUCCCACCUACCAAUAAAUGUACACUGUAGUGCCUAUUUCCUCUUGUGCCAGCCAAUUGGAUUUUCUGAGGUUCGCACGAGAGAGUAGAUUUGUCGUGUAAUGUCUGUUGGUUUUAUAAACAAAAAUCUAGAUCUGCUGUCAUUUAGUUGGUUGUUCCCUGUGGUCAUUACCUGUUGUGUUGAACAUACUGGGCAUUUAAAUUUGCAAGCACACUAGAGACUGUGUUUUAAAUAGCAUUUGCUUGCUUUUGAUGUUAUUUAUAUUUACAGUCAAGACGGACUGACUUUUUUAAUCGAAUAGUCAAAGCCAUAUAAGCAGUAGUUCCCAUCUGAGGUGGGUUUUGGUUUAGAGUCCGAAAAAAAAAACUGUUUGUUGCUUUUUCGUGCUGCUGGGCGGCCUUUUGUUUCCCUAACUAAACAUUGUGUCACGGGGUGACAGACACCGUGGUUGUCGCUUUUGCCCAUCUGGCCCCACGCGUGUGUGCUGGCGCCAUCGUCUCUCUGAUUGCCGCUGUUCUCCCAUCGUGAACGAAACUGCUUAUUUUGUGAAUAAACUCCAGUCGGAUUGUUGUUGAAAAUGGCGGCGCUUAUCAUGUUGUUAGAAGCUGCUGAGUACCUGGACAGGCGAGAAAGAGAAGCGGAGCAUGGCUACGCAUCCCUGUUGCCCUAUAAUAACAGCAAGGACAGAGACAGCUCUAAAAGGAGAAGUAAAUCCAAGAAAAACAGCAGCAGCAGAUCCACGCAUAAUGAAAUGGAGAAGAACAGGCGAGCUCAACUUCGGUUGUGCUUAGAAAGAUUGAAAACCAUGGUACCCCUUGAACCAGAGUCCAGCAGGCAUACAACACUUAGCUUGUUAACAAAAGCUAAGUUGCACAUAAAGAAGCUGGAGGAAAAUGAUAGAAGAGCAGUUCAUCAGAUCGAUCAGUUGCAGAGAGAGCAGCGCUAUCUAAAGCGGCGACUGGAACAGCUAGGUGUGGAAAGGAUACGAAUGGACAGUGUGGGGUCUGCAGCGUCUUCAGACAGAUCGGAUUCGGAUAGAGAAGAAAUCGAUGUGGAUGUAGAAAGCACGGACUACUUAACAGGAACUUUGGACUGGAGUGCCAGCAGUGUGAGUGAUUCAGAUGAGAGAAGCAGUCUGCGAAGUAGCUGUAGUGAUGAGGGUUAUUCCAGCUCAAGUAUCAAGCGAACAUUAUUACUGCAGAGCAGUCUUAAGGACCAUACCUGUUUAUAACCAGAAGUAUCUCCAGUGUUUGGUUCAUCAUGCAUUGCUGCUUCCUUGUUCGAUGUUUCAUUACUUCAUUGGGCCUUAUUCCAUAGGUCUCUACAGUUUAAAGCACUCCAGAGACUCUUUACAGAAUUCUGCUUAGAAUAACUUGCAGUGUCUGUUAGCUCUUUUAUCAGAAAAUUUAUAGAAACAAUUGACAACUGAAUGAACAUUCCAUUGGAGAAGUUGUCAUUAUCCUGUUCAGAAGAUAUUUUAUCUGUGUGCAUUUUUGUACAUGUUAGUGAUGUUAUCUAUUUGUACCCCUCUUAACAUCAGCAUUUUCCUAACUGGUAAUGACAGAAUUCAUGAAGGGAGUUGAAACUAGUAUUGCCAGACAGCAGUUACAGCAUUUUGACCAGUUUGUAAAAUGACCCCCUCUUUCAAAAAAAAAAAAAAAAAGCUGAUUUUUCUUUGUCUCCCUUGGGUAGUUUGUCAUUAAGGUAGAAGGCUGUUUUUUUAAUUAGCUAUUGUGUUUUCGGUAGUGGUGAUAUAAAACAGUGAACCAGAGGCACAUGUGUGUGCCAGGAAGACCUCUUUUCCACUUGUACUGUAUCUGGCAAGUCUUGACAUAAGAUCCAUUUAAGACAAAAAUAUCUGUUUAAAUGCAACAGUUAUGUUUUCAUGUGAUAAGCUAUGUAGUCUCCCUGAUGGGCAGCAGGACAGUACUUUUCUGUUUCGUCUGCCUGCUGACCAUUUAGCAUCAUCUUUGACUGCUAUGUUUAUGCCCUUCACAGGUCCAAAGGUUAUUCGCAAUGAGCCAUCAUCUAGGCAGCUGUCAAGAGUGUUUGUUUUCUGGCCCUAACCCCUCUCUUGCAUUUGGUUGACAAGUGUACUCAGAGGCUUAGGCCUGCUGCAUCUUCCCAUAUGAAUUUACAGUUUCUUGCUCAUGCGCCAUGGAGACUGCCAGUUUUUUCCUGGCCUUUUGGUCCUUUUACAGUAGUUGCUGGUAUUUCACUGGGCCAGAUUGCCUGCCCCCCCCCCCCAGUCCUUAGAAGCAGUGAGUUUGUAUUGGCUGCUCACCAGCUUUACCUGGCAGUACCUCUGCAUUAUUUUUAAGAUAUUUUAAAACUGCUGGCUUUUAAGUUGCAUUUUCUUUUUUUGCCCAUUCAGGGUUUUGCAGUUUUGUCCUACCUCAGCAAUGUGUCUCUCACUGUGUAAUGCAUAGACAUUGCAUAAUUUAUUUUUCUAAGCUAGAUGCUUUCUGCGAGAUGCCACUUGAGAUGCAUAGUGAAAUCCGGGGAGAGAGAAAAUUGGCUAGAAAAUUCAGCAAUAAUAAAAUGCUGUCCGCAAUGUUACCCUUUAUUUCCGAAACCUGUUUUUCCGUUCUUUAGUUGAUGGCUUUCUUCUACUUGAUGUUAAGCAGAAUAGUGUACUGCAUUCACACUUUAGUGUUGGACAUUGUCCUGUCUAAGCAGCAUUAAUUAAAACCACUAAGUAACUUUACAUCUGUGAUAGCAAGUGACCUGAGGUCAUAGAUGUUUUCACGGCUGGUGGCACUCUUAUGCUUAUCUGAAGUUGCAUGCUUGUAUAAUUGUGCUACAUGCAGUUCUACACAUCACACUAAUAUUUGGACAGACUGUCUGUUAAGCACAAUCUUGAAUGAAAUGUAAACAUAAUUGAUUGAAGCAGUACAUCUGUAUAGUUCUGUGGUGACAUCAAGCUGGUUGAUGCAAAACUUUGCAUAUAAAACAUUGCCUUUGUGUAUUUCAGGGUAAAAUGUAAGCUUUAAAAUAAGUAUCUUUUUAAUAUCUUAAUGUUUUCCCAGAAUUGUUUUUGAAGGCUUUUGUUUACAGGUUUCCUAGUGUUGCCUUCAUUACAGACAGCUGAUUUAUUUAACAAAAUGUAGCAGAAGUGUAUGUAAAAUUAGAACAUCAGUGAAGUUAUUUAUAAAUAUUUAAAAAUUAAUUUAAUAGAAAAAGCUUUUUGUUUCUUUUCUAAUUUAACUGUGUAAAUAGCUGCUACCUGAUUAUCUUGACUCUCCUCUGUUCUGAAUUAUCUGCAUUUGCACCCUAUUCCAGUUGUCAUUUAGUCCUGUUCCCAAAUAGAUUUGUAUAUGGUAGUCCUUGCACAUGGUUCCCUUUAUUUUGGGUUUGAGGUAAAAUGGAAGUUUGCAUGCUGUGUGUAGUUUAGUGUUUUACUUUGUCACUCUACACGUGUAUUCAUUGAUGCAAAUAAUUCUGAAGUGUGCACUCUUGGUAUAAUGUUUGCCAAACUGUUUUAAAAAUCUAUAGUUCAUGUUCUUUGAUCAGUGCAGUAGGAUGCAGAAAAAUCACUUUAUCCUGUUGUGAUAUUUAUUUCCUUGGGCUUUCCAAUCCUGAAGUUACCACAUUAUGUAAAACAGCAAUAUAAUCUAGUUCCACUUAGUCAGAAUACUGCUGUUUUUGUGUUUUUAUUAAUCACUCCAAAUCCUUUUAAAUGCAGAUUGUGUUGCUGAUGUAGAAGUUGAUUGGAAAACGUAGUAGCUUGUAGUGUAUGAGAAGUAGAAAAGUGGUGUACUUUUAUUUUUUGGAUAAACUGUUUUUUGUUGCAUAUCCUGCUGUAGCUGCUCCAUGUAUAUAUAAUAUCUUUGGUAUUCACAGUAAUUUAUCUUCUAUGUUGUAGCCCUUUCAACGGGGGCUGCUGCUUCAGCUAAGAUUUUAUAGACUGCUUGACGUCCUCAGUGAAUGGCUAGCUACACUGUUGGUUUCACCCAAGCCCUUCAGCUGAGGAGCUAACUGGUUCCCUUUCCCAAGUAACUGAAUUGCUCCAGUGCUGAAGUUUUGAGAAAUCUUUUCACUAAAAUCUGUUUUACUGGGAAUAGACAAGUAGUGCAUGCAAACUCCAUUUUAAUUUGGAACAGCAUUAAAGAGCAGCAGUUUUUAUUCCCACAGUUUUCCAUUUAAUGUGGGAAUAGCGGUACCAGUUAAUCUUGACCUUGCCAAUGCCAAAAUAUUAUUUCUUAUAUUUAAUUUCUCUUGACUUGAGAAAUGCACAUUCCAUUCAGGUGUCAUGCUCAGAAUACGUGAGCUGUCACAACACUUGUUUGAGAUUUUUUUUUUUCCAAAUUGGAUGUUGCUUGUGGACGGGAGGAUAUUUUUAUUCCCUAUAAGUUUCAGUGACCUGAGAAUUGGUUGUUAGGAGUGUUGGUCCUUCACAAGGUAGUCAGAAGCCAGUAAAUUUUGACCAUUCUGCUUACUUCUAGUUGCAGUUCUGUCCUUUUAACUUUUAUUGAGAAAAGGUUAAUUGAAGUCAACCCACCCAGCUGCACCAGUUUGAUGGAACUGACUAUUCUAAGUAAAGUAGCCUGUCUGAUUGCUUCUAGUCGUCUUUGUAGUGCUUUUGUGACUUUCGGUUUAGUCUUGGACAAGCACUUCUUGUACUGGUUUUAAUGUCUUGAAUUUUUGUAGCUUGUAGAACUGUGUAUAAAUAUGGCAGGCCCUAACAGAAUAAACUAGUGAUAUUUC